UUGACAAUAAUGAUCACCAGCCGCAUCGCUCCUGGUUAAUUAUUUCUGCCUCUCGUCUUUUCAUCUAAAGACACUCAUCGGGUCUCAACGGACACCACCAUAUUAUUGACUUGGUGACUCGGAGCCAUGACGAGUGGUGCUGAUGAUGCCUUUUUGUCCCACUUCAAGCGGCUCAUCUCUUGAUGAUGAUGACAAUCAUACCGAUUGCUUUUGUAACGUCAGCCAACCUGGAAAGCUCCGAUCUAACGCAAUCAUGCGCACUGCAACCAAGUCUUGUUUUGCCUGAUCAUGCAAGAUCAUUUGCAUUGUUCAUUGAUGAUACAAAGCAUGAGCUAGACCUGGGAGUCGUAAAAAAUCUCGUUACUUACGCCGUAGAAGUAGCUCGUUACUUCGGUCAUGCUAACGAGAUCGAUUCACGAUUGCUGAAGUGCCAAGCUUUGGUCUAAGCUUUGGUCAGAGAGAUAUAAAAGGACAUUCCCGAAGCAGGCCCUCCGGAUUGAAGGACCUCACUGCCCAUGACUGGAAGCUCUUGUCAAGUGUCUUGUUCCUGUGGUCGAAGGCCUUCUCCCUCCCCGUAUAGAAGCUCUUUUGAUUCCUCUGGUCGACAACAUGUUGAACGUGUACAAUCUUGCUUAUCUUGAUCAACACACUGAUCGCACGCUGAACCUUUUGGAUCAGGCAGUGCAUAAGUUCAGUCAAAAAGCACGCUCACUUCACAGGGAAUCAAUCGCUCUGCGGUCUGAAAUCCUUGCAAAAGACCCAAAUCGUCGUGUACCGUCCUGUUCCCACUCCACCCCAAAAUUUCAUAUGCUUGACCAUAUGACAUUUUGUAUCCGUAGGCUUGGACCGUUGAACAACUACACGACCGCUUUUGGUGAAUCUGAGCAUCGCAGGAUUAAAUGCCUGUACAGUGUCACGAACAAGACACAGUCUGGAGCUCAACAGCUAGGCCUCCGUGUCCACGAACAACAAGUUCUUUCUCGUCUACACAGAGAAAUCCACGGCACGACACAGGUCUCCCAGGAUGAUCACCCAAUGAUGUUGGGUGAACCAUCUUAUGAACAACCCUUCCAAAUGUCAGGGAACAAGCGCCAACCUGGCUACAUCUCCGAUCUAAAAGAAAAGGCCUCCAGUUUUCCAGAGCUGAAGUCCUUUGGCAACGGACUCAUUUCUCACCUCUAUCAACGUCUAAACCCAGAACAUGAUAUUGAUGGUGGUGUUUCGGCAGAGCACCGAGAUAUGAUAUCAGUUGCCAACGACAAACUUUACUGGCACAAUACUCUUCGAGUUUUCCAUACCAAAUGCAACAUGGAACGAACUUACGACAUCAUCAAUCCCGAUGUGAAGACCUUGGAUAUCAUGCUGCAGGCCCCUAUUAAUAACAACCCUCGUUUUCUUCAUGCAUGGGUGAUGAAAAUGUUCCAUAUGGAGGUAUACAAGAAGAAGAAGGCCGGUCUAGUGACGAUGAAAGAUGCGGAGAAACACAGUUUAUAUAUGGUAUGGGGUAAAGGUGGUACGAAGUAGAUGGGGACUGGGGAGAGAGUUCUACUGCUCGCCGACUUCUGUAUCGAGUGAAGUGGGCCGAGGGUCCAGAAGGUUAUAUGUUGUAGUCGAAUACGCGUGAUGUGGUGGAGGCUCAGGCAAAGGUUUCAGGGAAAGCGAGGAAGGAUUCGGUUGAUUGGCUGGACAAUUUUAUACCUUUUUGCGCGACUAGUUUUUCUUCACUUUCUUCAUGUAACACAGAUCACCUAGAUCUCAUGUUCAACACGUCCGUCGGUACUCGCUGCACACAUCCGGACUCCCUGCCCGCCUCCCGCCUGUACUACGUACCCAUGCAUGCAAUGCUUAGCAGGAGGGUUCAUACUCUAUAACUAUGGCCUUUCUCAUUUAUCUACCCGUUAUGUCUCGGCCACGCCAGAAGUACAUAUCAGUAUGAAUGCCCAUUGCGCAGGCGCAUAAUAGAAG